GGCCACAUCUAAAGCCUCCUAGUUACCAUGAACUACGUGUUCCUCUCCUAAUGAAUGAGGUACAGAAGGUGGAAGAGUGGGUUGAAGGACAUCAAUCUGAGUGGUCCAAGUUUGGCUGUUCUAUCAUGUCGGAUGGAUGGACGGAUAGAAAACAAAGAACAUUGAUUAAUUUUCUGGUGAAUGGUGCUAAGGGAACAGUCUUUAUGGAGUCGGUUGAUGCUUCUUCGUAUAUGAAGACGGGCGAAAAAGUGUUCGAGCUUUUAGAUAAAUUUGUGGAAAGAAUUGGUGAAAAGAAUGUGGUUCAGAUUAUAACAGACAAUGGAAGUAACUUCAAGUCAGCAGGCAAAAUGUUAAUGGCGAAGAGGAAAAAUCUUUUUUAGACACCUUGUUCUGCCCACUGUCUGGAUUUAAUGCUUGAAGAUAUUGGUAAGAUUGAGAAGGUGAAAAAAACAAUUGAAAAGGGUAUUUUUCUGGUUGGUUAUAUAUAUAACCAUAGUAUUGUUCUAAACAUGAUGAG